AUGGCAGACUUCAAGAAGAAAAUGAUCAGGGUACUGAUACGAGACUGCCACGCCCGCAUCCACAAGUACCGCCAGAUGAUUGAACAUCAUUCGUCAACUUGCCAGUCGAUCUUUACGGCACACGAGCUGGGGAUCCUCAAAGCGGCAAUUCUCGACAGCGCUCGGCGUCACCGCCAGUUACGUGAUGACCAGUUGUCUGGAACAUUUGAGAAAAUAAGUCUGCCAAAGCAGACCUCUGCUGACGGUGCCUUGGUUCACAACUUGUCCUCUCAUCGUUUCACUCAGCAACAACUAGUGGUUCUAUCCUAUGACGCGAAGUUCAGCACAAGAGAUGCUCAACCAGAAGACUUUAUUGCAUCCUUUGAAUCGGCGCUCCAGAAGUGUGAGGCAGACGAGGAGUGCAAAAACGCCAUGCGACAACAAGUAUCGACCUUACUCCUCCAACACAAACGCCAGAUGACGAUUUCUAAAGCAGAAGAUCGAGAACUUCCGAAGAUACGAAAAAUGAAGGAUAUCGUCACCCUGCCCGCCGACAAACGACGAGACAAGACUGAACUUUACGAUACUGACGACAAAUGCGAAGUCCACUUGGUCCAAGCCUAA